GGUCUACCUCCAAGUCAUUGGGCUGGAGUCAUCCUGACCACUCACUGCUCCUCACCCAGGAAUCUCUUCCAGGCUUUUGGGGUGGGACCUUUUUUUUAAUUUAAAAAAGAAAAGGAAAGAAAAUGGCACCAAAGAAAGACGUUAAGAAACCAGCUGCCGCCGCAGCUGCUCCUGCUCCAGCUCCUGCACCAACCCCUGCCCCAGCACCAGCACCAGCACCACCUAAAGAAAAAGCAAUUGAUCUCUCCACCAUCAAGAUCGAAUUCUCCAAGGAUCAACAGGAUGACUUCAAGGAGGCAUUCCUCCUGUUUGACAGGACCGGGGAAAGCAAAAUCACUCUAAGCCAAGUUGGAGAUGUCAUCCGCGCUCUUGGACAGAACCCAACGAAUGCUGAAGUCAAGAAGAUCCUGGGCAACCCCAGCAAUGAGGAGAUGAAUGCAAAGAAAAUUGGGUUUGACGAGUUCCUGCCCAUGUUGCAGGCAGCUGCCAAUAAUAAAGAUCAAGGUGGCUUUGAAGACUUUGUUGAAGGUCUUCGUGUCUUCGACAAAGAGGGCAAUGGAACAGUCAUGGGGGCUGAACUCCGCCAUGUCCUCGCCACUCUUGGUGAAAAGAUGAAGGAAGAAGAAGUAGAAGAACUGAUGAAAGGGCAGGAAGACUCCAAUGGCUGCAUCAACUAUGAAGCAUUUGUGAGGCACAUCAUGUCUAUCUAAAUGGAUUUUUCAAGACACAUAAUUUGAACACGAUCAUCAGUUACUUGAAAUCUGUAUCUAGGAAACCAUUGUUCCAUUCAGUAAUGUCACCCUGGAACUUAAGUGGACUAUAAUUUAUGCCUCUCUACCUUUCCUUUUGAAAUCAUCAGCAAGAAAAUCUGCUGAAUCCCAAAGUUGUUACACUCAACCAAUUAAACACUUGCCAAGGCAACUGCGAAGGACUUCACCGCCAACUGUCAAGCCCAAUAAUCUUUUUUCCAUAUUGUCUGCCAUGAAGUCGGCGUGCAUUCUUUUGGGAGGGGAAAUCUAAUAAUAAAUCCCUGUGGUCAGUGUAUGGCUGGAAAUUUUCAGUUCUGUAAAUCCCAAUUAAAACAUAAUUGAAGUCUUAAUUUAUUUUCUCUAUGUUUUAUU